AGAUUUAACUAUCACAUUGGCGAAAAAAAUAAAACAACGGUUGUAGAAUCUGAAACUUUAGAAAUAUCUAGUGAUGAUAAUAAAGAAUUUAUUGAAAAAAAAAGAUGAAGGAAUUCAAGAAAAGCAGCAAAUAUAUGAUAAAAAAGUAACUAUACAACAUGAUGAUCUUGAUCUAAGAACAGAGUUAAAAAGAAGAAGAGCCCUUCAUUUAAAAACGAUUCAAUUAAAAGUUAUGAAAAAACCCAAAUCGUUUAAUCCUGCCCGGUUAUUACAGUCUGCAAUUAGUGAUAUUUUAAGAUCAAGCAGUUCAAAUGAAGUAAAGAUAAAAAAAACAUUUAAAAUUCCAGAAAUAAAUACUAAAACCGAAGGAAAUUUAGAUGACCGAAGAGUUAUUGUGAUGAAUAGAGAUUCUAAGACUAGAAGUGACUUAAGCAUUUUACAUCCAGAAGGUCGAGAAGCUUAUGACAGUGAAGGAGAAUCUUAUACAAAUGUCAAAAUACAAAAAGCCAAAUUAAAUAAAGUUCCUAUACAUUUGAGAACAGUUAAUAGUGGUAACACAAUUCAAAAAGAAUUUAAGAAGAUCAAAAAACCUAUCUUAUGGCCGUGAAUACUUAUUUAUGAUAACAAGAUAUCUAUAUA